AUGCCUCUUUCUGACACAAGCUUGACGGUGUCUGACUUCGACCCUGAACACGAAGCAUUGGCCUCAACCCGAGAAAUUGGCAGCCCGCGACUUCCCAAAAUGCUGGAAGACGAUCUAGAAGAAAUGUACGAGGACAACACCGAACCCUCCAUCGAGAUGGGGCGCGCUCUCGGCAAGUCUGCGCGUAUCUUGGAGGACUCGCGAGGAGACUCUAUGAUGAGCUUCCCAGAAGAUAGUGUGCGAUCCACUUCUCCUGCCAUAAACAUCGAACAUCACACCCCAAAACAGCCCAAACGCGCUGCCAGCGAGAACCUGCGAAAAGAUGCCCAGUUGCGACGGGCCAACCAGGCACAGAAAGAACAUAUGAUGAGCCCCCGGGUUUCAAAACAGCGGGACCCACGUCGAACCCUCUCCGCCCAAGUCAACGACAAGCAUGAAGGUUCAUUCUUAGGAGAUGAACGCCCUGCUCCCGUUAAGACAAACAAGUCCCGAUCGACGCGUUUUAGCCACGCCAACCAGUCCCAAGAGAUUGCCGAGGCGAUUGAACGCGUUGCGCAACAAUCGUAUGUCAGAGAACUUCGCAAGAACAAUUCUGCAGGUACUCGCCAACCGGUUGCCAACGCAACACGCACCAACAACAUGGGUGAUACCAUGACCCGCAACUCCUUCCUCCUUCCCGACCUCCCUAAUAUCUCCGAGCUGGUUUCCGGUGUUUACGAAGACGGUACCCCAGUUUUCUCACACAGACGCUCAACUCGAUUUGUCUCUCCUCCCAAUGAUAAUGCUGAUAUAUCAUUUACUCGUGAACAUAUGCCCAUCGACGCUAUCCCUAUUCCAGAGGACGAAAAGGCUUUAUUUGUGUCCCUCCGACUUUUGCAGGACAAGGUUGCAGAACUAGAGAUGUUCAAGUCCGAUGCAGAGAGAAGGCUCCAGACCUUCCGCGAAGAGAACGCGGCACUCAAGGCGGGUAGAUCCCGGCCCUCUGAGAAGUACGCUGUGGAUGAUGGAGAGGGCAGAAAGGCCUCUAAGCGCGUGGCAAGCGAAAACCAAAAACUGGAAGCCGCGAACAUGGCCCUUCAAAAUCAACUUGACAUCGCGGACCGAAAGACUCAAGUCCAAGAAGCAGCAGUACGACGGCUGAAUCAAGAGAGAGAGUCAGCCAUCUCCCAGCUUGGUGUCGCCUACCUUGAAACGCGCGAGCUCAAGGCCGAUAACGAGGAGUUGAGGCGGGAGAAUGCGGAACUCAAGUCCCAGAUGAGUCAGUUGCUUAGCAAGAAAUCUCGCGAGCAAGAGACCGUGGUCUCAGAAGGAAGUGUUACCGGCUCCGAUGUCGACGACAGUCAAUUGUACACAGAGCGCAGCGCAGACAUGAGCCGCAGUACCAGGGAUAUUACCUCAAAGAGUGCUCGCUCCAACAAGGCUAGACACCAAGACGAUUCUCGUUCCAAGAUUUCCUCCCAAGUGGAAAAGGAAAUCUCCCGUCUGGAGAAGCAGCGUGCAGAAGAAGCCCUCUUUUCUAUCGACAUGCCUACUACUACCAAGCGUUCAUCCAGACCGAGCAAGCCCGAUGCCGCCCGUCAAUCGGAAUCAAGAAGUAUUAGAAAGCAGCCCAACACUAGCAAGCAACGGGUCAAGCGGGUUGUGGUCGAAGAUGUGACCGAGGCAGCUGAGCAGAGCAAGGUGUCUUCCCAGGUGGAAGAUCUUACCUUGCUCAGUAUCAUUGAUGAAAAUGAAAUUGCUCGUCUGCGUAAGACGCUGGAAGAAGAACGACUUUCGCGCAAGCAACGUCGAUCAAGCGCCUCAAAUGAUAACACUGCCGAGACUAUCAACACCACCGUCAACACUACCCGCCAGAGCAUCUUGAAGACACCAGCACUUAAAUCGUCUCUGCGUGAACCCAAAGCUCAAAUUCCCCGACCUGCAUCAGCACUUGGUGAUGUUACCACCAAAUCUGUAGCAACUUCAGAGGGCGAGAACAGCUUCGCUGUCCCUACAGCCGAGCGACCUAGACGCCAUUCCGACCAUUCUGUCACAUCGAUUUCCUCGCAGCGCAAGAAGCGUCGAAACAUUGAAGAUAUGACAUCCGCUUUUAUUCUUCCAGAUAUCACCUUAAGCCGUGUCGAGCUGGCUGCCAGUAAUCCGACUCGCCUCCCAGAAGCUGAUCAGCGAGCCUUGAACAACCUUGCGCACCACGAGGGCAAGAAUUGCAUCAUCUGCAAGAAUGUCCUCCCUAAUGAUACUUGCAACCACGAGCCUGUCAAGGUUCCCAAGCCCGUUCCAGUUUCCGAGCGCAUGCCAAAGCCAUCUCUGUACAAUGAGGAGCCUACUAUGCGCCCUUCCCAACCCCCGGCCGUUGCUCUUGCCAAUGUGCUUAAAAGUCUUGAGGAUGAAUUGGCCCACUUGAAGAUGCAACUUGCUACAUACCAAAGCGCAUACAACAACUUGGAUGCUUCGCUUGGCAAGAGGCAGCGCAAGGCUCUUCUGGAGAAGAUUGAGACUGUUUUGAGGGAUAUUGAUAUGAAAUCUGACCAAAUCUAUGCGCUCUACGAUGUUCUCGAGGGCCAAAAAGGCAGUCAUGAGAUGAUGACGGAGAAAGAAAUGGAGAUGACUUUAGAAUCGAUUGGCAUUGAUUUCGCCGCUGUACCGGAUGUUACUGGCACGACGAACAAGUCAUCGCGUUUGGCGGAGUCUGAUGAUGAAGAUGAAUUGCCCUGGGAAGGCAUUGAGAGCACUGCAGAGCUGACCGGACGUACUUGA